AUGCCCCGGCCAGGCCCGAGACCUUACGAGUGCAUGAGGAGAGCUUGGCACAGUGAGCGCCACCAACCUAUUAGAGGUUCCAUCAUUCGACAAAUUUUCAGGGUCGCCAUCGAGUUUCACUCGCGGGCUACUAAGAACAACAAGGAGUGGCAGGAGAAGCUCCCUACGGUUGUCCUCCGAGCCGAAGAAAUCAUCUACUCCAAAGCCAAUUCCGAGGCAGAGUACCUGAACCCCGACACGCUCCUGGACCGCCUCAACGAUGCCAUUAACACUAUCAUUCGCAGAGACGAAACCAACGAGACCGGUCAGUUUUUGCCGCCAUGCGUCGAAGCUGCACUUAACAUUGGUUGCAAGCCUGUGAGAACAUCAAGAAGUGAUAGGCACAAUAACCCCAGGACUUACCUUACAUCAAGGAAUCAACAACACCCUUGUUCUGUUUCUCCCAAAACUGUUGCUAGCAGCAAUGGUUUACACUUUCUUCCAGUUUCGUAUUCUAGCCAGCACACGAGCCAAAAUAACUACCCGAUAUUAAACAACUUUGCUGCUUUUCACCGUCACCAACCCUUGACAGUGGAAACUAACCCCUUGUUGAACUUGGGUUCGAUUUACCCAUUAUAUUAUGGUUUUGAAGCCCAAGAGCCUCGACUGCGGAUCAACAACCUAGGAAGCACUUGUUCUGAUACUAUCUUUGUUGGCAGACCCGUCGUUAGUCCAGCCUUGGAGCCAACCAGAAUAGAUCCAUUAGAGAACUUGUCCUAUGGUAGAGUCCAUCACGCACCAAACAGAAUUGUGAAAGAAACUGCAGUAAGCUUUGUGGAGGAGUCGCGAGACGGGGAAUGUGAUUUGUCUUUGAGGUUGGGUAUAUGUUUGCAGAGUAACAAAACAAGGUCAGCAUAUGAGUUAGAAGAUGUCAGGCUACGAGUGUCUCAGGGGGCUAGGAAAUUUGGCCACUCAUCUCAACAGAUCAACGCAGGUUACUGUUUUUACCCUAGAGGAACUGGUUAUGGUGCCAUUUAG